UAUUCUUUUAAAGUAAAAAAGUGUUACAAAACACCCUAGUUUCCAUUAUACUGGUUACUCAAAGGGUAUAUGCUGGUAAACUAUUGUGCUGACACCAUUUGCAAGAAUCUUUCAAAAGAGUAUCAUUUGAAUUUAGAAAGGUCAGUCUUAUUGGCCAAUGUUAUAAAUGUCCUGUGACCGCUUUAAAGUGUUGCUGAAUCAGCAUACGUGUUUCUAAAAUCCCUAAUUUUCUGCAUUGAGGGGACAUUCACAUUGUUUCAAAAAACACCACAAACAGGAAUUAAAAUUGCAUAAUUAUGGACAGAAAAUGAAAGUUCCUGAUUGUUUGCCAAUUUAUUCUCUUCCAUUGUACCCUGGUAGGCCUAUGAAAUAAGUGCUGACAAACUAGUAUUUUCUUAUCUUGCUAAUGUUGCCAUUCACAGCUAGCCAAAAUAUUAGAACAACACAGUCAUUGAUAAACUGUCCACCCGCAUAGCCACGUCCCCUCAGUCUGGCGGUCAGUUAUAUCUGACAAUUUAAAAAUGUUAGAGAAAAAAUACUCAUGAAUAAAAACCAUAACCCUAAAUGGGUUUGGAUAUCCCAAACACCUAAUAAACUUCUGACAGGAAACUAUGACAGGAAAUGAUGCAAGCAGCUGAACCCCUUAAAAACCAAGUCAAAUCAGAGCAUGUUCUCUAUUUGAAAAUCAGCAGUAGGCUCAAAAUGCCUGAAAAUAUUUACACAAAUACUUAUCAAAAUCGCAAUUCAAGAUCAGCUGAGAAAGAUCAACAGAAGGAGUGUGUCAAUGAUAAGACAGAUGGGGUCUGUGUGGUCGGUCUUCUCUCUGUUCUCUUCUUCCUCUCUCUGCUGGCAAAUGCAGCUUUGGCUUACCUGUAUUACAGCAAUGGCCCAGAACAGCUUUUGAGUUGUGAACCAGUAACACCCUGCUCUUAUUCAGAUGUUGACGACAAUGCCCACAUCAAACUGAUUUUUCACAAGGACAUGGAAAACAGCUCCAAAAUACAGCACUGUCCAAAAAAAGAUUUCCCUGCGAAGUGGGUCCAGGACAAGGGCAGAUUCUAUGUUUUCUCCAAUGAUACCAUGGACUGGAACAGCAGCAGAGAACGCUGUCAGGAUCUGGGUGGAGACCUGGUCAUCAUCAACAGCAGUGAGGAACAGAAAUUUCUCGCAAACCAUAUACGCAUUAUUGGCGCACAAACAUUGUAUUGGAUUGGUCUGACUGAUAGCCGCAAAGAAGGUGUUUGGUUGUGGGUGGACGACUCCGAGGUUCAUCUUAGUUUCUGGGCAAUGCCCCCUGAUGAUCACAAAUCAGCGGACAAUCCUCUGGGGGAAGAUUGUGUUGUAAUGAAUGGACGAAUUGCUGAGUCGAGAUGGGGAGAUGUUUUGUGCUUGAGGAAGGAGAGAAGCAUUUGUGAGAUUCCAUGUUAUUAAUAAAUAUUUACUUAAUAAAAGUUUCUAUUGGUCAUUUGAAUAUCCUUAGGUAGUGAAAUAUGCUUUCUGCAAGCCCCCGACAGACAAUACAAAUAAAGAUGAUAAAGUAAAAAAGGACAAUUAAAAUAAUGCAAACCAUACAACACAAUU